CACGGUAAAAACAACAUCGAUAUGGCACGCAUCGAUUACAUUUCUGAUAGUUUCUUUGAUAUCAUGGAUGACUACAUGAGGAUGUACCAUGACAGAGACGGCAGAAUGAUGUGGGACAGAAUGUCUGACAUGCGUCAACGUUACACUGAUCUUGAUGGUAGAAUGUCUAACAUGGGUUAUGACAUGUCAUCCGACAUGCGACCUGACAUGAGGUCAGACAUGAGGUCAGACAUGAGAUCAGACAUGAGGUCAGAUAUGAGGACAGACAUGCAGUCCGGCAUGCAACAAGGCAUGCAAUCCGGCAUGAGAUCAGAUUUCACCUCUGGCCUUGGUUCCGACAUGGGUCCUGGCUCUUACUCUGGCUCUUAUUCCGACAGUUUCAACGAAGGAGUAAUGUACGAAAGGCGAAGAAGGUUUAUGGAAACUUGUCGCAGAGUGCUUCCUUUCAUGGAGAGAACUUUGGAAAUGUACCACAAUGGAAAUCAGUACUUCAUGGGUGACCAAAUGACUAUGUGUGAUAUGAUGUGCUACGCUGCCCUUGAAAGUCCACUGCAUGAGAACCCAUCUCUGCUGAGCAACUAUCCAAAACUGAGGUCUCUUAGAGAUCGCGUUGCAGCCCACGCAAAAAUCUCCACUUACUUCAAGAGACGUAACUUCUCUGAUUUCUAGAUUGCAAAAUGAACCCUACCAAGCAAAUACCUAUCUUGUAAAACCGGGAGACAGAUUGAUAAAAGAUCCGUCUCUGUAUCACGUAAUCCGGAGUUAUAAUCUCCAACACAAUGCUCCCCACCUAGUAUGCUCGAUUAUUAACACAAUAAUCCGUCGCUACCAAUUCAAAUAUUAACGCAGUUUCAAUACUCUACGUUCACGAAUAUAUAUAUAUAUACAGUUCUUAUGUAGGGUGAUGAUGAAAGAUUCUGAAUCCUGCGCGAGCACGCCAAUAGGUGGCGCUUAUGUGCAGAAUUUUUUUCUGGAAACUCGGCUAUUGUAUCGUACAGAGGUUUUUUUUUAUAGUUCUUCAAGUAAAAAUGGAUAACAAAAAAUAAAAAAGAGAAAAUGGGAAAUAAAGAGAAACGAAGAAGAAAAAAGAUGGAAGGAACCAUUAAAAUAUUAAUUAGUCACUUUAUAUUUAAAGUUUCUUUUGGUGUACGAUAUAAAAAUGGCUAUUACUUUCGAUAUAGUUACUGAAGAGCAAAAAAAGGUAACGAUGUAUAUACA